CUGUUGAUUGUCGGAAACCUCUGUUGAAAAUGAUAUAUAAACAUCAGAAGAUUCGUUUAUAACUUUUAGUUAUUUAUUAUAACGGAUGAUCUUGUUACAGGUUACCAAGAAUAGACACAAAUUGUUAUAAAACAUGAAUCCUAUAUUAAAAAUGUUUUUGUCCCAUUGUUGGGCGAAUAUGUAUUUAAUAAUUGGAAUGAGCAUAGGCCUCAGCUUGAGUAUAAUGUUGAUACCAGUAGAUACUGACUAUUAUAACGAUAGUACAGAGUAUUUAACGCAAGACUCAAAUUACCAAGAUGAAUUGGAUGAAUACGAGCCGAAAAUAAAUAUUAACAAUAAACCGCAACAGGCUCAAAAAGUUUCGAAAACGCUGAUACGUCCGAGAUAUUACUCCACCGAGCUUGGGAUCAGAGAAAAAUUGUUCAUAGGAGUGAUAACAAGCCAACAAUUCUUGUAUAGCAGAGACAUAGCAAUUAAUAAGACUGUAGCUCAUAUCGUUGAUAAAGUACGUUAUUUCAUCUCUAUACCAGAAGGUACAAAGCCUAACGUUACUCUUCCUGGUAUAGUUGGAUUCACAGACACGAGAAGCAUCUUGAAACCAUUCCAUACCAUGAAAUAUAUCAUUGAUAAUUAUUUAGAAAAUUAUGAUUACUAUUUCUUAAUCAAAGAUGUAAGCUACAUCAAUGUUAAGCAAUUAGUUCGAUUUGUUACCAAGAUUAGUGUAAGUCAAAAUGUUCACUUGGGAGUUCCUGGAGAGAUUCCAAAUUAUUGUUCAUUAGACUCGGGGAUUUUAUUAAGCAAUUCAGUAAUACAAGAAUUAAAGAACAAUUUGGACUGGUGUGUGAAGAAUGCAUAUUCUGAUUCGGACGAUAUCAAUUUUGGACGAUGCAUUGUUCACUCUACUUCAACGUCUUGCUCCGAUCGUAUACAAGGACAGAAAUUUUUGUACACCAAGUUGCAGCCAACAUUUUUAUUCGAACGAAACUUAAAGGAUUUGGCUAAGAACGAGGAGUUCCUAAAUUCACUUGUGAUAUAUCCAAUAUACGAUCAUCUCAUCGUCUACAAACUGAACACUUAUUUUGCAGCAUCAAAAGCUGUGGAAAUUCAAGAGAAGAUUUCGGAUAUCCGUAGAUCAAUUAUAAGUAUGGCACCUUUGGGUCCUCCAGAAUGGCGCAAUGUCUCCUGGCCGAUUGGCAAUCAACCGGGCAAUAAAUUCGCUGGUCGUUUCGACGUUUUACGAUGGACUUAUUUCAACGAGACUCACGUAUUUUUUAAUACCGACUUUUCUACCGUACAAGAAUUAAAUACAGAUGCGAAACUCGACAUAGAUCGCACAAUUAAUAUCACAGCUUCUCGUAUUAUCGCCGAUUAUCGAUACGAAUUAAAAUUUAAGAAAUUAUUGAACGGAUACCAAAGAUUUGACGCGUCUCGGGGAAUGGAUUAUAUAUUGGACUUGGAAUUUACGGAUAAAGACGGUAAAACGUUGAUCAGAAGAAUGGAAGUGUGCAAGCCGCUUGGCAAAGUCGAGAUCUUGCCGGUUCCAUACGUAACUGAGAAUACCAGAGUGAAUAUAAUACUCACUAUAGAUUCGACAAAAAAGCAAGAGGGAUUGAAUUUCUUAGAGCAGUACGCUGUAGAUUGUAUGGAAAAGAAGUACAAAACUUUUUUAAUGGUGGUCCUCUUAUAUAAUUAUAAUUCAGCUUCGAAAGGUAAAGGAGACACGUAUCAUGAGAUUAAGCAAUACGCGUUAUUACUUGCUGAAAAGUACAAAAAAUACCAAACGAAAAUUACUUGGCUUUCCGUGCGCCUGCCAAAUACGUCAAUGGCUAUUGAAACGAAUCACUUGUUGAACAUUGCUGUUACGGAUUUGUGUGUAAGAAAAUUCUCACCUGAGAGUUUGAUACUUUUCGCAGAGAUGGGUGUGCAACUUCGGUUGGAUUAUUUAAAUAGGGUUCGUAUGAAUACGAUUAACCAAUAUCAAAUAUUCAGUCCGAUUCCUUUCGUGGAAUACCAUCCGGAUGUCGUACACAUGAACGAUGUAAAGCAAGUUGAAACGGAUAUUAAUCGAAAUCACGGACGAUACGAUGAAUACAAUUUCAACAAUAUCGCGUUUUACGUCAAGGAUUACAACGCAAUGAGGAAAACCGUGGAGGCUAGCAUUCCAAUAAUACACUCUGAUCGAGAUAUCUCGACGCUGCUGAAACUUUCUCAGGAUAUUCCUGCUGGAUAUACCUCUCUGUUUGAGAUGUUCGUUUCUUUCAGUAAUUUGCACGUUUUACGUGCUGUGGAACCGGCCCUCAAAGUGAAAUACAAAGACAUUAAUUGUACCAAUAUUUGGAGUAAUAUCCACAACGUCUGCAUGCAGUCGAAGAAUCUUCAUUUAGGUCGACGUAGCCAACUCGCUAGAUUGAUACUGGAUUAUCACGCUUACAAGACAAGUUUAAUAUAGUAUUGUCAAAGGCUACAUGAAUCGCGCGUUAAAUACUAUUGUAUAGAUUAUACAUAUAGUACAAGAUUCUAGCUAAUUAAAAAUAGGUUGUUAAAUGAAAUAAGAAAAAUUUGAUAUAAAA